UCCCUCUCACUAAUUCAGGACUGGAUGCAUGCACGAUCUGGUUUUUAACAGGGAGAGCACAUUACCAUGCACACUACUCCCUGCAGGCUCGCCAGAGAAUAGCGACAACAGCAGCUCUCUCACUCUCUCCCCCGCUCUCUCCACCUCUACCAGACAAGACUCCUCCUCUCCAUCUCUCUGUGACUCCCUCUCUCUCUCUUGCAUAUGAUCUGUACUUCACUUCCUCCCAGCUGAAGCAGGCGAUAACAGCACGCUACACAGUGAGCACAAAAGAAGAACUGGAGAAGAAAAGGGAGAGACGGCUGUGGUUUCUAUCUGAAGAACGCUUCUCCCUGUGACUUCAGUAAGAGAGAGAGUCUGAGGCCAGCUUCAGCAGCAAGCUACCUUGAGUUAAAGCUUCUGCCUGGCUGCCACAUCCAGUGAUGAAUCGAAGGGAGGCUCGGGUGGGGAACCCUGCACCUAGUGCUGCGCCUGAGGUAUCGGGCAACAGCACAGAGGCAGCAGGACCCGGUCCCCGUGACACCAAAGAUGAGAUGUUCUCCAAAGUCAAAGACAAGUUCAUGAAUGAACUGCACAAAAUCCCACUGCCAUCAUGGGCCAUCGUCGCCAUUGCGUUUGUUGCUAUUGUACUAGUUGUAUCCUGCUGCUUCUGCAUUUGCAAAAAGUGGAUAUUCAAGAAGAAGAACAAGAAAAAGGGCAAAGACAAGGGCAAGAAUGCCAUCAACAUGAAGGACGUCACUGAUGGUAUCAAAACCGAGGAUGAGGAUGAUGCGGAAACAGGGCUGACGGAUACAGAGAAAGAGGUGGAGCCUAAGGAAGAAGAGAAACUUGGCAAAUUACAGUACUCCUUGGAUUACAAUUUCACAGAGAAUACGCUCAUAGUGGGGAUCAUCCAAGCAGCAGAGUUGCCCGCUAUGGAUAUGGGUGGCACUUCUGACCCCUAUGUGAAGGUCUACCUUCUUCCAGACAAGAAGAAGAAAUUUGAGACCAAGGUCCACCGGAAGACACUAAAUCCCGUUUUCAAUGAGCAAUUCACCUUUAAGGUUCCCUACAUUGAGCUUGGAGGGAAAACUCUGGUGAUGACGGUGUAUGACUUUGACCGCUUCUCCAAACACGAUGCUAUUGGAGACGUGAAGGUCCCCAUGAAUAAGGUCGACUUUAGUCAUGUGACCGAGGAGUGGAGGGACCUCCAGAGCGCUGAGAAAGAAGAGCAAGAGAAGCUGGGUGACAUCUGUUUCUCUCUGCGGUAUGUGCCCACUGCUGGCAAACUGACCGUGGUUGUUCUGGAGGCCAAGAACCUGAAGAAGAUGGAUGUCGGUGGCCUGUCAGAUCCCUACGUCAAGAUUCACCUGAUGCAGAACGGCAAGCGGCUGAAGAAGAAGAAGACGACAAUCAAAAAGAACACCCUCAACCCUUACUACAACGAGUCUUUUAGUUUCGAAGUGCCAUUCGAACAAAUCCAGAAAGUUCAAGUUGUUAUAACUGUUCUGGACUAUGACAAGAUUGGGAAGAACGAUGCCAUCGGCAAAGUGUUUGUGGGCUUGAACAGCACAGGCACCGAGCUCCGUCACUGGUCAGAUAUGCUGGCCAACCCGAGGAGACCCAUCGCUCAGUGGCACGUGCUCAAGCCGGAGGAGGAAGUGGAUGCCCUGCUAGCAGCUCAGAAAAAAUAGAGCAGCCCAAGCCCAAUUCCCCACCCCCCUUCCCACAAACCCACCCGUGUAGUGCUCUUUACCCAGUGCGUGUAAAUACCUCAGCGAUAUAAGGAUUCAUGCACCCUCACUCCUAAUUUCGUGUCUAAGAAAACCGCCUUCUCGGACCACCCCCUUGAGAUGUUGUGUUGUUACGUCAGUUUCGACCCCUAGACCCCUUUCUUCCUUCCUUCCGUCGGUAAACUUUCUCUGUCCUUUGUUGUUUCACCUCCAUCCAUGACCUUAAAACUCCCCGACCAAAUGCCCCCUUCUUUUAAGCAAUAUGAUCUGUAUAGAUAGCGCAUGACUGGAGGAAUUUAUUCUACCACAGGUGUAUAUAUCAGUAUACAGACGAAAAUUAUUUCUAGUUUGUGUUUGUAUGUUGUUACCCGUUUCCUAAUCUGUGUAUAUCUUGAUGUUUUUAAUAAGAUGUUCUAUUUUAAAUUAUGUAAAUGCUGACAUAGAAGAGCCAAUAUUAUAUAUAACAGGAUAUAAGAAUUUUACCUUAUUCCAUUCCACUAAAAUACACGAUAUAUCUCUAUAUAAAUAUUUAAAGAAAUCCAACCUGCAAGACGCUAGUGGAGGUACACUCACUUCGUAAAGGACGGUUUGCGCUUCAUGUUUAUUAAAAAAAAGCAUACAGAUGUACCGUACACGAUAAACACAAACACACACUGAACACGAAGGCCAUUAACUAAUAUGGUUUCAUGGUAUAAAUGUAAUAUGCUGCUGACAA